GGGACGCUGAAGUUACACGGCGGCGGGAGGGGAAGGGUCUUCAAGCUCCUCUCCAAUCACAGCGUCUGCUGUAGCUAUUUGCAUGUAUUAUGUUAAUAAAGACCUCCCGCUCCGCUCCCACCCGCGCUCCCGCCCCCUCGUGGGUCCAGGCGGGCUGGGCGAAGGUGAAUAUAUUAUGCUAAUAAGGAGGCUCCUGCGGGAGUGGGCGGGCCGCGCUCCAGGCGCGCGCGCACUGUCUCACCCGCGAGCAUCCCGGGGUAUUUAAGGCUCUCACAGGCGAGGCUGCGGAGCUACUUCUGGGGCCUCGCGGCUAGCGACCGCCGCUUGGGCCACUCGGUUCUCCUCUCUUCUCUAUUCCUCUGGCACCCUUCGGGGGCCUCGCUCUCUCCCUCGUCUCUCUGCAUUUCUUUUUCUUUUCGGCCUUGGACUGCUCCAGGUGGGACACGCCAGGUCGGCGUGUAGAAAACCCCGGGAUAGGUAGAGAUAGGCAGGCAGACGCAACAGGUCGGAGCAGGGAGAGAGGCUCGCGGACCCUGCGCCUCCGCGCGGGGGACCACUAAGAAGGUGUCGGCUCUUGGGGGGGGGUCAAGAAGAGCUGCCCUGGUGGGUUUCAUUUCAGCUGUGACCCCCGGCGCCACACAGUUCCCGGCCGGGGGGUGCUUUCCACUCCUAGCUGGAAGGGGAGAAGGAUUCAGGAGGAGGGUCCACGCCUGCUGAUCCGGACGCCGAGGCACGCGCAGGUCCAUCUCCGAGCCGGGGCUCUCACUCUAACCAACUAGUUGUGCAGCCGCGGGGACUGAAGUUUAGAGGAACCGACCCUUCCUCCCCUUCUAAGAUUACUGGAGGAGGUAGAGGGUGGCAGGCAUAGCUGAGGCCGGCGACCCCGCCAGGAUGUUGGUGAAGAAGCUUGCAGGGAAAGGAGCGGGACAAGAGCCUGGAUCAGAAGAUCCGCACCCCUCAGGACAACGUUGUGCGGGCACCAUGCCCUCGUGCGCGGCCCUGGCGACCCUCCUGUCAGUGGUUGCUGUGGCUUUUUGUCUGUAUCUUGGGGUGAAAACCAUCGAUCUCCAGGCUAGGAUUGCCGCUCUUGAAUCUGCUAAAGGGACUCCUUCCUUCCGUCCGCUGCCUGACACCAUGGAUGAGCUGAAGGCAAUGGUUCAGGAGAAAGUGGAGCAUCUCUUGGCUCAGAGAUCCUACGAACACAUGGCUAAAAUAAGAAUCGCAAGAGAGGCACCGUCAGAGUGCAACUGCCCAGCAGGUCCUCCAGGGAAACGAGGGAAGAGGGGCCGCAGAGGAGAGUCUGGUCCUCCUGGUCAGCCUGGUCCUCAGGGCCCCCCUGGUCCAAAAGGUGAUAAGGGAGAACAAGGUGACCAGGGGCCUCGGAUGGUGUUUCCUAAAAUCAAUCAUGGCUUUCUCUCUGCUGAUCAGCAGCUCAUUAAACGCCGGCUGAUUAAGGGUGACCAAGGACAGGCAGGGCCUCCAGGACCUCCAGGUCCUCCUGGUCCAAGAGGCCCGCCUGGGGACACAGGGAAGGAUGGCCCCCGAGGGAUGCCAGGAGUACCCGGUGAACCAGGAGAACAAGGCUUGAUGGGACCUCUGGGGCCUCCAGGACAAAAGGGUUCCAUUGGAGCACCUGGGACCCCAGGCAUGAAUGGCCAAAAGGGUGAGCCUGGGUCACCUGGAGCAGCCGGGCAAAGUGGACUGCCAGGACCAAAGGGAGAACCUGGGAAAGAAGGAGAAAAGGGAGAUGCUGGAGAAAAUGGCCCCAAAGGUGAUGCAGGUGAAAAGGGUGACCCUGGAUCGUCUGCUGCAGGAAUUAAGGGAGAACCUGGAGAAUCUGGUCGCCCAGGGCAAAAGGGUGAACCAGGGCUUCCUGGGCUGCCUGGACUUCCGGGAAUAAAGGGAGAACCAGGCUUCAUUGGUCCUCAAGGAGAACCGGGCUUACCAGGGUUACCAGGAACAAAAGGUGAACGUGGGGAGGCAGGCCCUCCUGGAAGAGGCGAACGGGGGGAUCCCGGAGCCCCAGGACCAAAGGGGAAACAAGGUGAAUCAGGAGCUAGAGGCCCAAAGGGGUCAAAGGGUGACCGUGGAGACAAAGGAGACACUGGAGCUUUGGGACCACGGGGUCCACCUGGGCAAAAGGGAGAUCCCGGGGCCACUGAGAUCAUAGACUACAAUGGCAACCUCCAUGAGGCCUUACAGAGGAUUACCACCUUAACUGUCACGGGACCCCCUGGACCUCCUGGACCUCAAGGACUACAAGGGCCAAAGGGUGAGCAAGGAUCUCCAGGAAUCCCCGGAGUUGAUGGAGAACAGGGACUCAAAGGCUCAAAGGGAGACGUAGGGGACCCGGGUAUGCCAGGUGAAAAAGGAGGAAUUGGACUUCCAGGAUUGCCGGGUGCCAACGGAGUGAAAGGAGAGAAGGGAGACUCUGGUUUGCCGGGUCCUCAGGGGCCUUCUAUCAUAGGCCCACCAGGCCCUCCAGGUCCCCACGGCCCACCUGGCCCCAUGGGACCCCAUGGACUUCCCGGACCAAAGGGGGCAUCUGGCUUAGACGGAAAGCCAGGAUCCCGGGGUGCAGAUGGUCCGAUAGGACCCCAUGGCCCUGCAGGUCCCAAAGGAGAAAGAGGAGAGAAAGGCGCUGUGGGAGAGCCUGGACCCAGAGGACCCUAUGGGCUGCCUGGCAAAGAUGGAGAGCCUGGUCUUGAUGGCUUCCCUGGUCCUCAAGGCGAGAAGGGUGACCUGGGAGAGAAGGGAGAAAAGGGAUUCCGUGGCGUUAAGGGGGAAAAGGGGGAGCCAGGCCAACCUGGCCUGGAUGGGCUGGAUGCUCCUUGCCAAUUGGGACCCGAUGGAUUACCCAUGCCUGGCUGCUGGCAAAAGUGAUGAAUCUAACCUUCCAAGCAUGAAGUUGUGUAUAUAAUGGUCCACCUUUUAUAUUUAUAAUUGAAAAACUGAAAUGCAGAUUUUGCAAGUGUGGAAUCUGCCUGCCUGACACUGCUUCUCCCCGUUCCCAGUAGUCCAGGUGUCCAUCUUUCCUCACAUCUGAAAUGAGGCAGCUCACAGAAGUGGGGUGCCUGCAGGAACUAUAGAUCGGUGUCUCUAUUUUAUGUGAACGUAUGUAUUUAUACGGACAUCAGUGAUAGAGAACAAUUGAUUGCUCUUGCUAUUUUCUUCUCUGUGGCUUGUUCAUUGCAUGGACAGAAAAGUGCCAUGAAAUAGUUUACAUGAAAUUGUGACCAAAUAUGGACUCAAAGCUAUGAACGUGUAGCACCCAUUCCCUAGAUGCAUUCACUCAUGCCCACACCACCCCCUGAAACUGACUAAAAACAGCAUGACCUUGUGCCAAACCUGCUUGUGCAAAUGCAGACGCUUGCAUGCUGCCUAGUAAGUUCUUUGACCACAUCUGAGCUUUUUAUUCCUUUCUGUCAUCUCAAGGGGGUUACACCGUGGCUCAUUGCCAAAAAGAGAUAAGUUGAUGACGAGCACACACACAGUUGGUCUUACAUUUUGAGGGAGUUGCAGUCCCGACUGCAGAUCCACAGCUCCUAGUAUUGUGGGCUCCUGUGACCACCUUGGUUGAAAUACCAAAGGGUAGAGCCGAUUGCUGCCUCUGGUUUUCCUCGGGCUGCGCUUGGUGGUGAAGACGCAGGAAGAGGACCGGUUCAGCAUCCUGCAUUGUCUUUCACGUGACCGAGUUGGAAGGAGAUAUUCGCCAUCAGCCAGCAAAGCAGAAAUUGUUUUUCUAGAUGAACUGACUUCCCGCUGGUGUUGAUGUGGGUGCUUUGGGGAAAUGUCCAAGGUAUGCGGCAGAGUUUUGAGGACAGCAGAGCCUUGGAGCGGAAGCCCCUGCUUGUGCAGAUUGAAAGGCAUGGACAUCACGUCAGAGCUCAGGCUGCUGAAGAGAGAAGGGGUCCGCGGUAAAAGAUCUGCCACAAAAUACAGAAGAGCUCUUAGGCCUGACCUUACCAAAGGUUCUCGGAAAGUGUCCCUCCCUUCCCUCCUUCCCAGGCUGACCCAUACCAAACGUUUUUCUACAAGUUCUGGGGAAAAAAAAAAAUAUAUAUAUAUAUAUAUAUAUAUAUAUAUAGUUUCCUUUAUUUUUUUUUUCCUCAUACUUUUUCUUUUCUUAGUCCAGGAACAGAAAAUAUUUGCUUCAGUUUGGGUCCCAUAGGCUUUUAAAUAACAUUUUUAGAAAAGUUUUCAAAUCAUAAUUUGAAUCCAACAGUGAAAAUAACCUUUAAAUAUCUCUUUUUGUUGUUGUUGUUGUUUGUUUGAGAUAAUUGAAGAGAUUAUAAGGAGACUACAUUUUUUACUUAAUCAUUGUAAAGUAAGAAGGUUAAGUAUUUUUCACUACUUUUUGAUUUACAUUGACAAAUAACCUGUCAAUUACUGUAAAUUUACAUUUACAAUAACCUGUCAGUUAUUGUAAAGUCAAGAUUUUAUCGCAUUUGAUAGCAUGAACUUGCUUCUUCUCAGUUUUUUCCUAUAUUGAAAUGUAUUUCUCAUGUUUUGCUUUUACCUUUCUAAAGUGUUGGCCUUAUACACAGACCAAAUCUGAGAUCUCAGAAAGCCCUGAAACAUAGUUCCCAUGAAAUGAGACUUGUUUUUACUAACUUGCUCACAGCUCACCUGCACAGACUUAAACUGGGUACUUCUUUACCCAGUGCAAAGUUUGGGGCAUGUUUUGAAAUGUUUUAUUCUAAGUGAAAGGGUUGCCUCUGAGAAAUACCAUCAGUGGGAAGAGCUAUCCUGGCAGCCCAUUAGAGAAUUUCACUUCCCUCAGUGGUUAAAUGCCAUUUUCAUGGAAACAUUUCCAGUUUUGUGCUUGGAUUUUCACCAGAGGGGAAAUUAAUUUAUGCUUAGGAUAACAGCAAUGAAGAUACAAUUUCAAAACAGACCUUAAGAUGUCUUUCGAAUCUUGUAACCAAAUGUUCAAUCAUGCAAAAUGGUGUCAUCUUUUUCCUUUAUAUCAUUUCUGAGAUUAGAAUUUAAUAUUUCUAAUAACAUUCCACUUUCCUAAGUCAAUUUAGCAUCUUUUUUAUGGAGAGUAUUUUCUAACAAUGUCUUGUAUGGUGUAGUUAGGGUAAGGUAUUUCUCAAUAUAUGAAACAAUUCCUCUUAAAUCAUUUGGGGGACAAAAAUGAGCCCAAGAUUACACAUUAUCUUCAGGAAAGAAAAACAGAGCAACUAUAGAGUCUUGGAGACAAUCUGGUGACUACAUUUCCUCCUAUCCUUUCUGUUUCUUCACUAGAAAGAGCUAUUGAGAGUGAUCCUUAUUUAAAACUUACAGAGAUUCAAAUGAGACUAGCUAAACAAAAAAAAAAAAAAAAAAAAGAA